GGGGGAUUGUGGGAGGGCAGAAAGAAGGAGGUGAUUGUUGGCGAGACUGGAAACAUAUAAGGAGGAGAAAGCAAGCGAGGCAGCAAGUGGAGGAAAGACGUAGAGAGAGGAGCUCACUUACAUUUUCAGAAAGAUAACAAACUUGCAAACAGCAGAAAUCACGAUGGCUGCCAGAAGGCAUCUUCCUCUCUCCCUGGUGAUCGUUUGCCUGGUUCUCAUCAGAGGUUACUCUCCUCUGCCAACAACAUCCCGAGUUGCGGGGCCGAAUCCCACGAGAUCUCCGACACCACACGAGGUUUCAACCGAGGACUCUGUGCCUACCUUAAAUGAUUACUCUCACUAUGAAGACACAGAUGAAUACACAGAAACCCACACUGUACCCAGUACAGAGUCUCCACAUAGAGGGACCUCUGAUAAAUGCAAGUACAAUCCCUGUCUGGAGAGUCAGACCCCCUGUGCUGAGCUGGCAGCCUCCAGCGGCUGCUUGUGUCCAGGGUUCACUUUACAUAACCAGCUUCCAGAGGCUCCCAAGCUGAAAUCAGUGUCCUGGAACGGGUCGGAAGUUGUACUUCACUGGUGUGCACCUUAUUCAUACGUCACAGGAUAUAAAGUGAGAGUAGUGGGAAAAGACAGGCAAACGUUUGGGAAGGACCGAAGGAGUGGAGGAGUGGGACACAUGGACAGCCUCGCUGAGGUGUGUGUGGUGGCGGUGAAUGAUGUUGGAAACAGUGAGGCGUCCUGUUUGAUGUACCACCCCGGGGACAGCAGUCUGCCUCUGAAAGCAGGUCUCAUCGGGGGAGCUCUGGGCUUCCUUCUGCUCCUCUUGCUGGCCGUCCUGCUCUGGAGGCACCAGAGGCAACGGAAACAGGAAGCCAGCAUCUCUAUGCAUGACACAGCUGAGACUCGGGGAUAAGACUCUGUCCCAUGAGACGCCUCAGCAUCAUCAUAGUUAAUUAGCUGUGAGUAUAUUUAAACAUCUGCGCUUUUUUGUA